UAUGACCUUUUGCCUCAACCACAACAACAAAAUAGAACGAGAGGAAGAGGGAGAAAGAGCGUGGGAAAUCAUAGCUUGAAAAUGGCAGCCUCAGCUCUUCCAAUCACUGGAUGCAUUAUCCCCUCCACCCCGCGUCAAUCCUUCUUCACGCAACGUCCUGCUUCUAUUUUGCAAUGGAAUUUGAUGGGAAAGCAGCAUCCAAGACAAAAUGCGCAUAAGAGGGGUGCGUUUCAAAUGCUAGCCACUCCUAAUGCAUCUUCCGGAAAGGGGAGUUUUAGGAAAGAAGUACUUAUGGUAGAUCCAUUGGAGGCCAAGAAAAUUGCUGACAAGCAAAUGGUAGUGAUAAAAACAGAAGAGAGAUAUGAGAGAAGGCGUCAAAUUGAAGCGAUCAAUGGAGCAUGGGCGAUGAUUGGCCUCACAAUUGGUUUAGUCAUCGAAGGUCAUACAGGAAAGAGUUUCUUGGGUCAGCUCGAUGGAUAUCGGCAUGCUGUUCUGAGCUUCUUCGUCUGGUGGUAGAAGUUUUCCCAUUCGGGCAUUUGAGUUUAUAGCCGUAGAUUGAUGGAGUUUGUACAUGUUCAAGAGAUUUACAUUCAUCCCUACCAAAUUCGCAAAAAAAAAAUCUGCUUACCAUCUAAUUCUUGUAUUUUAUUGUUUUUAUCAUCACAUUUAAUCAGACAACUCCGUUCAUGCUGAUUCUUUCAGCAAAAGAAAUUCCAAUGAUAGAAACACAUUGAAACCAAUGUGAUUUGAUUUGA